AUGCACUCCUAUCACAACCCUAGUGUCCCAACGGCUCUCACCAUCUUCGAACCACUCCAAGACGGAUCCACCGUCUCUGUUCAUGGACAUGUUCGUCACGGACAUCAUAAGAACUUUUCCGUAGAGCUUUUGAGUGGACCAAACAUUGUUCUCCAUGUCAAUUUCCGUUUCCACCAUUCGCACAUGGUUGCCAUGAACUCUCAAUUCAACGGAAUGUGGGGACCAGAAAUCAGUCACAGAAACCCACUUCACCACUCUGAGCAUUUCCAUCUUACCAUCAAGGUCCAUAUGGGAUACUACCAUAUCGCUGUCAACGGACACCAUCUCGCUGACUACCCACAUCGCUACCCAUAUCAAUCCGUUCAAGCCGUCGGACUCAAGGGAGACGUUCACGUCGACAAGGUUCACUUUGAAGGAUUCCACUUCCAACGUCGUUGGGAUGGACACAUUGACCACGGACACUCUGGAUACAAUGCCUAUGGGACUGAAACCUACGUGGCUCCAGUGUUCAUUCAACCAAACUUUGCUCCAUACGGUGCUCCACCACCACUAGUCCAAAACUACAAUCCAUACAGAUAA